GCGAAAAAUAAAAUAUAAACGCUCACAUACCUACCUACCUGCUCUUUCAAUGUCACGAUCAGAGGUUUUAAAUAUCACUUUUAUGUUUGAUUCAAUAAGUACCAAUUUUUAAUAGAAAUAUAUAAUUUUAAUCAUAAUUAUACCUAAUUGUUGUUCAAAGUUUGCAAUUUCCCGUACCUAUGGACAUUUCGUUCGAAAUACAACAUAGUAUUAUAGGCAGCGCAAUAUUUUUUUAUUAUUAUUAUCAUCAUCAUCAUCAUCUUUGUGUUUGAGUUAAAAAGUGUGGUACAAUGCUCAGGAGUGCUAGUGGUGCCUGUGUUGAAGACAUUAAAAAUGAUUCUCAAAAGGAAAAUGGAGCUCUGGAACAUCUGAGAAAUUUAGUGGAAAAUUUAGACACGACUCCAAGUGAAAAUUACCUACAACGAUUUUUGUACGGUGCGAAUUUUAAUGUAGACGAAGCUUUCAAAAAGUUAAAAAUAAUACACGAUCAUAUGUUGGAAUACCCAGAGUGGUAUACAAAAGAUGGUCCGUUAAAAUUCAAAAAUUUCAUCGACAAAGACAUUCGAGUCGUGUUACCAGACUGUGAUAAAGAAGGACGACCCAUAUAUUUAUUAAAAAAUGGCAAUAUUGAACCAAGUACUACGAGCAUGUUGGACGUUGUAGCCGUGGACGACAUCUGGUUAGAAUAUAUUUUAAAUAAACAUCCCGAAGCUGCGGCGAAAGGUUUGUGCGUCAUUAUGGACAUCAAAGACCAAAGCUGGAAACUGAGCAGGUGGAUACAACCGCAGAAUAUCAGAAACAGCUUAAAAAAAGUAGACAAUCUACCCUUUAAAGAAUAUAAAGUUCAUGUUGUUAACAAUUCUUGGUGGAUCAGUAUUGCUAUUAAACUGAUAUGGCCUCUUAUGCCUCAACGUAUUAAAGACAUGAUAACAUUCCACUUUGAUGAUAUGAAUUCCUUCUAUGAAUAUAUAGACAAGAAAGUACUGCCAAUAGAAUAUGGCGGUUUAAAAGAAAUCAAAUAUGCCGAAAUCUAUGACGAUCUUUAUAAAAGUAACGACGAAAUAUUUAAAAGUUUCAGUUGUUAUAGAAACAUAAAGGCAUGUCGAGACCACGUAUUACAAUGUCAGGAGUGGUACAGAAGAGACGGACCAUUGAAAUUAAAAUAUAUUAUUGAUAAGGACGUUCGAGCUGUGUUGCCAGACUGUGAUAAAGAAGGCCGUCCUAUUUAUUUGAUAAAAAAUGGUAAUAUAGAUGCAAGCAAAAUGAACUUCUUAGACAUAGUAGCUGUUGACGAUAUUUGGCUAGAAUCGAUCUUGAGUAAGCAACCAGAAUCUGCCGCGAAAGGUUUAUGCGUCAUUUUGGAUAUAAAAGAUCAAAGCUGGAAGCUCAGUAAAUGGUUGCAUCCGCACAAUAUCAGACAAAGUGUAAAAAAACUGGACAGCUUACCGUUCAAAGAUUAUCGAGUUCAUGUAGUCAAUAAUGUUUGGUGGAUAAGUCUGGGUAUUAAGCUGCUGUGGCCCUUUAUGCCUCAAAGAUUUAAAAAUGUGAUAAAAUUCCAUUUUGACGAUAUGGACUCUUUCUACGAAUAUGUAGACAAACAAGUACUUCCAAUCGAAUAUGGCGGCUUAAAGGAAAUUAGAUAUUCCGAACUUUACGAAAAUCUUUAUCAGAGAAACGAUGAGAUAUAUAAAAAUUUUGAAUGUUAUAGAAACGUAAACAACUAACUAAAAAUGCUAAUUUAAAUUUUAUUCGAAUAAUUAUUGUUCGUGUUUUGAAAAUAUUUUUAAGUGUUGUUAAAUGUUUAAAAUCGACCUUUGGUGUGUGUGAUCACAAUACUAUGAAAACACAAAGCAAAAAUAAUAAAAAUUAAAAAAUAAACCAAAUUUUGAAUGUUAUAGAAACGUAAACAACUAACUAAAUAUGUUACUUAAAUUUAAAUUUUAUUCGAAUAAAUAUUGCCCUUGUUUUGCAAAUAUUUUUAAGUGUUUCAAUG